AUGGCGAGCACGAGCAUCAGUAAGAGGGUUACUGAUGAAGAACUUGAAAUAUUGGAACAAGGAGCUGCCGAGACGUUGAGCCGGCGAUCAUUCAAUGUCGACGAUUCCGACGACGAUGGCGGGAAUGACAAAGCCGGGGCCGGCGAUGAAGAAGAGGAUGAUACGGGAGAUGGAGGCGCAUCUUCGUCCGAGAAAGAACAGUCAGACAAGGAAAAAAGGGGAACAUUUAGCCGAAUUGUAAGAACGGUCCAAGUAAUAAAGGGCUGGGUUACGAAAAACGAUGUUCAAGAACCGACAAAACGGGCGGACUCGUUCCUCGAGCGAUUCACCAAUGCGGGACCGAACAAUCUCGACGACGGCAUCGGAGGAAAGCAUGCAGAUUCCGGUCAAAGGAUAUUCAAUGCAAAGCCGCCCAUCGGACGCGGACAGCCUCAGGUUAAUGAACAGUGGGAUAAUUCAACUGAUUUGCUUUACUGGGAAACUUUUGUUAUCAACCACACAGAGACGUUUUAUUACCGAUGGCUGUGCGUUAUAGCAAUGGCGGUUCUCUAUAAUCUUUAUCUCAUUAUAGCUCGGGCGGUAUUUCUGGAGUUACAAAGCGAGAACGUGGCUAUGUGGCUUACUCUGGACUAUCUAUCAGACGCAGUGUACAUACUUGAUAUGGUGGCCAAGUCUAGAACAAGUUACCUUGAAAGUGGGUUACUCGUUCACGAGACGAAGAAACUUCGCAAGAACUAUUUCAAAACGACAAUAUUUAAAUUAGAUGUGAUUUCAAUCAUACCCACGGACGUUUUCUACAUAUGGAAAGGCGUGAACUCGCCCUGGUUGCGUUUCAAUCGCCUACUAAGGGCGCCGCGCGCGUUGGAAUUUUUUGAUCGCACAGAGACGCGGAGCAACUUCCCAAAUUUGCUAAGGAUAACGAAUCUUGUCUUGUACAUUAUGAUCAUCAUACACUGGAACGCCUGCAUAUUCUACGCUAUAUCAGCCAGCAUUGGCUUUGGAAGCGAUACAUGGGUGUAUCCGAACAAUACAAUACCGCCACAUAACAGUCUGACCAGGAAAUAUGUGUACAGUCUGUACUGGUCGACUUUGACAUUGACCACCAUUGGUGAAACGCCCGCUCCGGUGAUGGAUGUGGAAUACGCGUUCGUCAUCUUUGAUUUCUUGGUGGGAGUUUUGAUAUUCGCCACCAUCGUCGGUAAUGUGGGUACCAUGAUCAGUAACAUGAACGCAACCAAGUCGGAAUUUCAGAACCGCAUGGAUGGAAUAAAACAAUAUAUGCAUUUUAGAAAAGUGAGCAAGGAUUUGGAGCAGAGAGUUAUAAAGUGGUUUGACUACUUGUGGUCGAAUCAAAAGACACUUGAUGAGGAAGUUAUAUUGAAGACACUCCCAGAUAAACUUAGAGCAGAGAUUGCCAUUCACGUGCAUCUGGAUACUUUGAAAAGAGUAACAAUAUUUAAAGACUGUGAUCCGGGCUUGUUGGUGGAACUAGUGUUAAAACUGCGCCCGCAAGUGUUCAGCCCGGGAGAUUACAUAUGCCGAAAGGGUGAUAUUGGGCGGGAGAUGUACAUAGUAAAAACAGGAAAACUUAGCGUGGUUGGGGAAGACGGUAGAACUAUAUAUGCUACCUUGAGUGACGGUAGCUAUUUUGGUGAAAUUAGCAUAUUGAAUGUACCGGGUAGCUUAUCGGGGAACCGCAGGACUGCCAACGUUCGAAGUGUUGGCUAUUCUGAUCUGUUUUGUUUAUCAAAAGACGAUCUUCUCGACGCAUUGAAGGAGUAUCCGGAUGCCAAACGAAUCCUUGAAGAAAGGGGGGCUCAUAUUCUUAUGAAAGAUGGCCUCAUUGACGAAGAAGCUGCCAAGAGGGGCGGGAUGUCCAAAGAGGAGGUCGAACAAGAGGAGAAGAUCCAAAUGCUGGAGACUGCCAUUGACAACUUGCAAGCGAAGUUCACACGCUUGGUCAAUGAGUACAGCAACGCUCAGAUGAAAAUGAAACAGCGACUGACGAAGCUGGAGAAGAAGAUGCGCAGUCUUAAGAUCGAAGACGAUCUUGGGCCGCUAAGCGCUAGUUUCGGUGGCACUGCUUCAAGUGGUGGACAUAUUCAAUAG